AUGUUGUCUUACUCAUCCUACAUGCUCACAGCAGUAGCUGCUUUGCUAGCUACUUGCCAUGCGCUACAUGAAUGUCCACAAAAUACUGGAAUACCUGAAAUCCCUGGACUGUCUGAAAGAGGUGGUCUACCUGAUUCUCUGGACACCAAAGCCCACAAUGUUGUAGUAAAUUUGAAACACCGACUUUCCAGACUUGAAGGCGUGCUUACUUUAAAUGGGAAAAUAAGAAAAGUCGGAGAUAAAAUAUUUGCCAGCAAUGGGAAGAAAGUCGAUUUUACAUCUGCACUAGGAUCCUGUGAAGAGGCUGGAGGAACUCUUGCAACUCCCAUGAAUGAAGAAGAGAACAAAGCUGUGUUGAGCAUUGUGAAACAGUAUAACCAAUAUGCUUACUUGGGCAUUAAAGAGGGUGAGACUCCAAGUCAAUUUAAGUACAUAAAUAGCAUGCCUCUGACUUAUUCCAAGUGGCACCAAUACGAGCCCAAUGGCAAAGGGACAGAAAAAUGCGUAGAGAUGUACACUGAUGGGAGCUGGAACGACAAAAAAUGCAACUUCUACCGUCUCACAAUCUGCGAAUUUUAA